AUGGAAACUCAUCCUGGGCCGUCUCACAAUGUAUUACGUCCACUCCAAAAGUACUUGGUGCACGCUGACGCCUGAUCUAGAGAGCCCACAGUACGAAUACCCCACGACCUCAUGCAAGUAAAGCUUGUAAUGAAUGCAAACAACAAAAGGCAAGUUUGCGCUCACCCGAACCCUUCCCCAAUCUCUGGUUUCGUGCUCGCGGGUCUCGUUAUACUGCACCUGUUGGACUAAUAAGUCAAUUAGUUAAGAUGCAACGCAAAGUUGGAUCCAAAAGGAUGCGCGCGUUGUCAAAGACUAGGACUGGUGUGCGCCGUUCAGAAUGGAUUCAAACGUAUAAAUAAGCGCCAGUAAGUGUGCAUAUGUCUUGCCAGUCAAUCUGUAUUAAAUAAAUGCCCAUAGAAAAUCCGAAAUACUCCAACAAGAAAACCAACUGCUGAGGCAACAGCUUGGAUCAGUAUUCUCUGCUAGCGAUCCCAGAAUUUCUACUUCCCCAAGCAUAAUUGCCUCUCAAUCGCCCUUGAGCCCAUUGAGUCGGCAAGGGACAAAUGAGCCUACUUUACAACAGCCCGGGCCAAGUAUUUCUCUACCCGAAGUCUCCACGGCCAUCGAUGUGCCAGUUCAAUUGCCCGUUAAUUUGAAUACGACUCUACCCAGAACUCUAGAUGAUAUUGUCCUACAAGCAGAUGAGAUAGAUGACAUCUUUGAGCUGUGAGCCGAAUCCUUCCACUAUUCUGCCAGAGGCUCUAAUGACACGUGCAAUAAAACAGAUACUUCACACAUUACGCAAAACAUUUACCCUUCUUAGAUUGCCAGCGUUCAGAAUCGCCAAACGCAUUUCACGCUCGAUCGCCGUUGUUAUUUUGGGCAAUAAUCAGCGCGGGCGCGAGAAGAUACCCCAGGAACCCUGCAUUACUUUUUUCCCUCUCCGAGCCUCUUCUGAAGUUAGGCUGGAGUGCCAUGCAAAUUUCCGGUGCCGUUAUUCACAAUAUUCAAGGAUUACUUAUUCUAUCUACAUGGCCAUUUCCUACAAACACCACCAGUCGAGAUGGUACUUUCACUCUUAGUGGCAUGGCCGUGAAUUUAGCUCUCCAAAUUGGAUUACAUGUUCCUCUCCAGGGUCAAGAGUACUCUCGAACCAGAAUCGAUUUGAGUAAUGACAGUCUUGCGCGCAGAGUUCAGUUGUGGUCUUUUUGCGUGGUAGUACAUCAGAAGUAAGUAAUAAAAAACUACACUGGCUUCAACCCUGUAUACUGAUUUUGGUAGGGCUGCGUGUGCGUUAGGAUAUUCUAUCACACUCCCACUCAAUCUAUUUCAGCAAAAAUUAGAUGUAAGCGGUCUCAUGUGUCUUGCUCCACGUAGUUUAUCCCUUGAAGUGAAGAUUGCCGGCAUAAUAUCCCGCUUCAAUUCGGUUUUCUCGGAGUUCAAUUUCGAUGAUUUACAGCAACAGGCUCAAGUUGCUCCCUCAAUGAUGCUGAAUGUAUUCGAGGCUCAACUUGAGGAGCUUUCUUCCGAAGUCCAUUCCCUGUCAGGUAAAGAACUGCUCUUCGUCUUUUCGGAAUUAGUGCUUAUAAUGGUGGAUUCUUUAGACUUGGAAGAUUUAUAUUUCCAGAUAGCGCAGCUUCAACUGCGAAUAUACUAUCUUCGUUGUCCUCAAAGUGAGGUGUUCUCCCUCAAUCUACUCAAACUGUACACCACUGCCAUCAACAUCAUCGAAAAAGUCAGCUAUAUUGAUUCAGAAACCAAAAACUUUGCAAGCUUUUGCCCUCAUCGUGCGUCACAAGUUUCUUGUAAACCCUUGCCCUUGAGUUCCCACUUUCUUCUCAUUUUUCCAUAUAAAGAUUGAUUGGAGCUAUUAUUUGAGACUGUUUAGAACUCAACAGCAGAACCUUUGGUCUUUUUAAUCACUCUCGAACAGUGUUUCUAGCCUAUCCACCAUACUUCGCAGAAGUGGAUUUCAUGAGAAGGUUGUUCACUGAAAAAAAGAAAGACUCAAGCUGCCACUUCCGCUCAUCCGUGGGCUCAUGGCUCAGGGUUAUCCUGUCUACAUUAAUAAUCUUUUAGAUGGACAAGUACUGAUCAACUCCCCUCUAGACGUAUACAGAAUGAUGACGCUAGCUGCUGCGACGGUCUUACGAGUUCUUAAAACGCCUAUGUCCUCGAAUAUCAGUGAGCAGAAGCAAGGCGUAUCUGCGAUUUUUCUUGCGGUUUCUCUCCUGAAAAGAAUAUCAAUAUAUAACAAUGACAUGCCAAGCCGCAUGACCGGGAUUUUCUCUCAGCUUUGGACUUCUCAAAAAGCGUUCAAAGCAGCCGGGGAUCAACGUUCAUCUACUGCUUUGAGGAUUCAAAGUCGACUUUCUAUGAGUUUGCUGCAUGAUACAAUGUGGUGGUGGUGAGUGCGAGCGAUCUGUGCCUCAAGACAUAUUCGCUGAUAGCCCAUACUUACAGGCGUGAAGAAUUUGGAGGAGCACAAAACCUUGAGCCAAAGCCAGCUAGGGCUAGAGGUAAGUCAUAGCAGAAUUCCCCGAGAAGGUAGAAUUACGGUUAUUCUGACCUUGAGUAGACCAACAAGUUGACCAGUCUGAACCUGCAAACAACAUUCCAAGUUCUUCGGCCCAGAACAGCUCCCAGCUGACAUCCGCAAACGCCAACGAUAACAAUCUUCUUAGUAUGGGAGGUAACAACAUGACUGACUCGAACGUUGUUCCACAAGACGCAUCAAUGGAUGGCAUGUUUCUCAAUGACGAUCCAUUUUCCUUCAUAUGGGGCCAGACUGACCAUGGCUUUGAAUCGAUGGUCGAGCUAUUCCCCGACUCGUGGCCUCUUUGAUUUCGUAUUAUGGUGGGACAACAGGAAGCAAUUCGAUUUACAAUGAGGAUAUUUCUUGGACUUAUCCGACCCCCAUCGUUCGGCUCGGUCAGCUGGACGGCUUUAUCACCUUCUCAAUCGCCGUUGGUAAUUCUCCGAGUCGUCGAUCUUCCGAACCAGCAUUGUUACAUGCCGGCAAGAGGAAGUUGGUCCUGCAAAGCUAAAGCAAGAUCCGAUGAAAAAUCCAAGUUGCGGGGCAUCAGGUUUGCUUCUGGCAUCCUUAAAAGCUACACGAUGAUGUCACAUUUUUCAAAGAAUUGAGUGGAGAUCAUUAUUGUGAAGCAGACAGGUGGUACGAGAUUCGUGGGGUUUACUGGGCAAUUAGACCACGAUGCAGGUAGCCGAAAUCUCGACCCAACAACCGUACCGAAGCCAUCAACGACAGUGUCACUAAUAAUGUCCGAGCUCUGUUAUGUGUAUUGAUCAAAGGCAUGACUCAUGCCUCACAGAAUGGCCGUUUAGGGCUUGCAUGCCCCGGACAUGAAGGGAACGUAGGUGUGUAGAAGGCUACAAGGCGGUCUUAGUCGUGCGACUUGAGGCUGUGCAGCACAGCGUUUAUUUGCCAGUCACAUCACUGUAUUACACGCAUCGAAACAAAAACUCGAACCGUUACUUCAAAAGAACUCUUCUAUCAACGCCGAAUUAUAAUCAGGUUCUCUCGCAGGACUUGACGUUUUUAGGAUGAUAAAACUUCUCGCUACCCCUCUACAGUACAGUAAGACCCCUUUUUUGUGCUGCGGUGUCAAAUAUGUCGACGCUCACACAGCCCCGGAAACGAAUCCGGCCCCCCUACAGGGGUUCUGCGCCUCUGCAUCGUAUCAAAAUCUUUCACCGGGCCAUCAGGGCAAUGUUAAACAAGCCCACCAGACGGUAUGGAAUUCCCCAGAAUUAGUGUGUCAACCGUAACCCCCACCCACCGCAAAGAUCUUCCCGAACUCACGAGCUAUCACAUUCUCCAGCAUUGCCCUACCGGAAUUAAGUCCAGAGAUCAAAGGUAGCAAGCCGAGAGAGGGGAUUCCGAGCAGGAUUCCAGCCUUACCGCAGCCGAUCAGCUUCUUAUCAACGAUUCUGCUGAGUGAGUGGCAAACAUUUUUAAUUCAUCCUUCCACUGCUUCUGACACCCCUUUCCAUGAUUACUUUCUUCUCUAGAACGGUUGAAGUGCCGGGGAGUGAUCCGGAAUGAGAGGUGCCCUGUCGAACCAUGCCGGGCGGCUUGCGAGAAGGCAGCGACGCAAAGUCUAGCGCCUCGGUGAGGGCAUUCAAACUGGAGGAGGAUGCUGUACAAGAAGGGCUUCUGUGGUCGUGUGAGAGAUUGUGAUGGUUCUGAGGCCGUUCUCACAUGGGUUCUUUGGAGGUGUGGGGCAGGUGGUUUGUUGAAGGUGGUUAUAUAUAGGGGAUCUGCCUCUGGUUAUCGUCAUUUUUUGUGAUUCUUGAGGACCCGAAUUUCAAAUGCAACUUUAUCAUUGAUGAUCGUUGUUAUCUGUGUUGAGUUCUGAUUGUUUGCCUUUCUGAAUGCGUACUCGAAGUGGGCUCGUCCUCGAGAGUCGAGAAGCGAGACGAACUGACAAUAUGGCUGAUGAUAAUCACUCCACCGAGGCACAAUGGGGGACGCCAGUUCAUGGUACAAGGUACAUUAACCCCUUUCAAAGCCUAUCAUCCAUCAGCACUUUAAAGUGCCGGUCUCUGACUGCGCUACUUAGUCACUCAACAAUAGCCUUACAUCACCGUUCCUCUCUUAGUCCAACAGCUACAGGAGAUGGACACCAACAACAGUACACACAACAACGCUCUCAUACACCCGAUAAUAUAUCACCAACCCACACUCCACCAAACCACUUCAACAUCUCCCCAUUAGCCUCCCCAGCCCAACAACAACAGGACUACUUCACCCACCCCCCUUCACCA